AUGCCCACGAGUACGAGAGCCACGCGGUCGCGCUUUUCCAGCCCGCAUCAGCACGCCAAUGGAGGAGGAGGAUCGGAACCUGUCAAGAAGAGCAAUGGAGCAAGCGAGGCCUCGAGGACCUUCAUGCAGAAAUGGUUGGAGCCUACGGUGCAGAGCAAGCCGAGCUUCGAGGAGGCUGGAUUGAUGCGAUACGGCGUCACCGAGAACAUGGCGCCCCUGGGGACGCUGCCAAAGGGACCACAGGCCAAAAAGCCGGGUCAGGAAGUUGCGAAUCCCGUCAGGAAGAUUAUCCUCAAGUCGAGCUCAGCAAGUUCUGCUGUCGCAGCUGCAGCAAAGGCGGCGGCGGCAGCAGCGGCAGCAGCAGCUGAUGAGGCAGAUGCAUCUUCCAUGGCAAAGCGCUCAGAGACACCGACACCCCCUCCGCGCCUGCCUACUCCUCCAGCCAACGCUCAAAAGGCGACCAGAAAAUCUCUUCCCGCACGUGGUCUGGACGACGACGACGAAGACGACGACUACACGCCCAAGGCAGCCGCAGGAAAGAGCCAGGGCCGUCGUACAUCUGCCUCCAUCUCACGCAAGAGUGUGUCGCGCUCAUCGGUAGGACGCCGUGCAUCAGCUUCACUUCAUCAAAUGGCUCCCUCGAGCGACGCCGUGCAGCCUUCAGAAUCGACGCCCGAGAACAAGGACGUCGUCGAGAGGGCUGUGGAGGUCGCAAUCGACGAGGCGCUCCGGCAUUACCGCUAUCCCACUGCGUGGGCACUCCGGACCCUCUACGACGAAAAUUCUUCCAACCCGGUCUUCCUCUCCAUGUUUGAGGACGUUUACCACCAAACAGCCGACGAAGACACCCUCGACGAAUUUUCUCGCCUUAUCGAGGAGAAGAAGCGAGAAGGCAAGAAGGACAAUCAGGCUUGCUACUUUUUUCCAAAGCCAGCACCCUACGGCAAUCUUCUCUCCCUCGACCUCUCAAAAUCGGACGAAGAAGACGACGAUAUGCCUCAAGUUACCCCAACUAAAAAGGCUAGCAAGGGCAGAGAGAUUCCGGAAUCACCCAUGGGCAUGAGCAUCGACGACGAAGAAGACGACGACACUACUUUACUGGCGGCGGAAACCACCAUCGCGACCAUGACCCCGUCACGCAAGCGUGCCCGGAGAGAUUCUGCAAGCAGCGACUCGUCCUUGUCAGAGCUCUCUGCAUCGCCGUCCCUGCCGCCCGACUCGCCGUCGCCCAGCUCUCCGCCCGUUUCCGCGGCUGUUCAAGGCGACAGCCACAGUCGCCGUCACAGUGCCACGACGGCUGCCACGGCUGCUGGGGCCGACCCCGAGACCACCUUGACCAGCGCACCACCGCCAGCCGAUCCACAGCCAAUGAAGAGACGCGGCAGAUCCCUUGCUGCUAAGACGAGCGUGUCUGACGCAUCCAACCCAAACUCACCCACCCUCCCCCCAAACGUAUCUCAAGCUGCAGGGGCUAGCAACAUGCCUGGUCGACUUUCUUCGCCCAUUUUCCCCAACCUUUCGACGACAGCAGCACCCUCAAAGGCGAAUGGCAAGAAGAACGCCAACAAGGACAAGACUCCCCGUGUGCUGCCCAGCAACGAUGCAACCACCCUGCGUAGGAGAGAUGCACGCGAUAGCACAGUUAGCCAGACGCCCCAGCCUGAGAGCCACAUUCGCGGUUCCGACAUGAGAAGCAGGGCUGGAUCUAUGGCCGCAUCUUCGCCAGCAGUGAAUCUGCGCAAGUCGGCAAGGACACCAGCGCCGAGCUCGAACCUGCCUGCGAAUCUGACCCUGAGCACGAGAACGACGAGAUCAGCAAAGAGGACGCACGACGAGAUCGACAAUACGAGCUCGCCGACUGCGCCGUCAAUUCUCGGAGAGGUGACGCCCGCCACGAGUUCUAGAGCUGCGACCCCGACGAAUCUUCGCCCUACGAAGAAGCAACGGACUGGCUUGCGUAUCAAGACUUCACCCGUGAAGAAGAAGGGAGGCACUGCGGCUGGACUACCUCGUGCCAGCGGUGAGGGCGGUGCAGUUGCCGCCAACGGCGGUGGCCCAAUCAACCAGGAUGAGAAUGACGACUACUGCUCAGCAUGCAGCGGUGUUGGAGAGCUGGUCUGCUGCGAGAACUGCUCCAGGUCGUUCCAUUUCGAGUGUGUUGACCUUGGGCUGGGCGACACUCUCCCCGAGGAAUGGUUUUGCAACGUCUGUUUCAGCAAUAGAUACCCCACCAGGGUGCCCGAACACAAGGGUCCCUUUGGCGGUUUGAUGAACACUCUGGAGAAGACUAAUCCUCGAGCCUACAAGCUGCCGCAAGGCGUGCGUGUGUACUUUGAGGGCGUCAAGGUCGGCCCUGAAGGCGAGUACGAGGAUGUGGUAGUGCCCGCUAAGCCAAAGAAGAAGGGCUAUGAAGAAGCCCCAGACUUCUUCAAGGUUCAGGAAGCUGACGGAUCUGCUGUGCUAUGCCACAAUUGUCAACAUCCGACCGCCGAUAAUCGAGCCAUCAUCCCCUGCAGCCUCUGCGGGCUGCACUGGCAUCUGGAUUGCCUCGAUCCUCCCCUGGCAAUCCCGCCUGUGGUGCGAACAUGGCGUUGCCCGGCGCAUGCAGACGACCUGUUGGCUACGUUGCCAGAGGAGCUUGCUCCAGCUCACCGCUUCCGGAAGAUCAAAGGCGCGCCAGUCAUCAUUCCUGCCUUCAGUCGCGGCAUGAAAAACAAUGGCUUUAUUGAGAUUGACGAUGAUGACGAAGAAUCCGAGGAUGAGAAUUCGGGUUGGAGCGACGUCAAGACCUUUGGUCGCGUCUACAGACUGUCUUCCAAGGGCGUUGUCCUCGACUUCAUCUCUCAGCUUCGGAAGGAUGGCGCUGGUCACAUCAAGGGCUCGCCGACUUCAAACAUCAUCCAGGCGCUGCCAGUCAGCGAGCCCAUGAGUGCUCGUUCACGUGUUGAGCAGCAAGCAGUGCUGAACUUGGUCGAAUUGGCCUCCACUCAGCCCGCUACCAAGCUUGACGAGCUCACAGAGGCAUUGCUAACAAACGCCGAGCCAGCUAUGCUCUCGCUCAUGGCUCGUGGCAGUGUAAACAACUUUGCAAGCGGAGAUCUAAAUACUACCGACAAGCAGAGUCUCCGCGCCAUGUUAGCUCAGAUGGAAGCCAUGACUGGUCGCAUCAGAGGCUUGCUUGGAGACAAGCAAAAAGACAGCGGUGUUUCUGGUACGGGCAUCGAGGCCGAUCAAACAGCGAUCGACAGUGACCAUACCAACGGCACUGUUGGCACCGGAGACGACGCAGCCUCGAUCAAAAACGAGUCCGUCGAGCCCCCUGCCGACCUUCCUACGCCAGCGACUACGACCCAAGAUAACCCGGAGCCGAUCAACAGCCUGGGCGAGAAGUCUUCGCAGGAGGUCCCCAACGACGCGAACGAAGAUGAUGUGCCCGACAUGGAUAUCGACUAG